AACUAGAGGACAUCUUUUACAUGUUUCCAUGAGAGAAAGAAUGUUGGUUUAUACUGUAAUAAACAGUAUGCCUCCAAGCUUCUAUGAAUUCACCAUCCUUGGCUAAAGCUUCAUAUCCGUUUUUACCGCUUGACCUGCAUAUCUGGGCCAAGGUAUUUGAUAGUAUUUGCAUUUUACAAUUUUACACUUGAAGAAGCUCCUUAGUUGCUGUGGUACACCGACUGAAUGGAAAAUGCUAGAUUAUCAUGUUUCAUACCAAUUAGUUGUGUGGAUAAGUGAUUGUCUAUCAGUAAUCAACAUGCAUAAUAACUGGCAUGAGUAAAAGUGUGUGAAUUGGAGUGCUCAUGCCACAUCUUUCUGAGUAGGAUUUUCAUUGUUUUUAUGUAUUUAUUCAUAAUAAAAGUUGUGCAUUAUUGCAGAUUUGAGAAUGAACUUAUUGUUGCGGUGGGAAAAGGAGAGCCUGCUCAAGUAAUGUCUGAAUAUGGAUUCAAAAAUGUUCUCUCAAUAGAUGAGUAUGCAUCUUAUUUUGAUGGCAUUGAUCCGCUUGCUCAAUAUAAGACAUGGACAAGAAAGCAGGAUGCUAAAUGCAGUAGUGCUUCAAAGCAGAUAACUACAAGGGACAGUGUCCACUCACAAAGAGUUCAAGCAGCAUUUAUUGUUAGUGAUUCUGUUGAUUGGAGCAGGGACAUUCAGGUUCUGUGUGACAUUUUAAGAACUGGAGGUCUUCCUGGAAGGGAGAUUGGACACCAGCCACAUCUAUAUUUUGCAAAUGAUGACCUUGCAUACCAGGCUACUUUUCCUUCAGAACGCCUUGGUAUGGGAGCUUUCAGAAUUGCAUUAGAAUCCAUCUUCAACAGAAUUCACACUAAUGCUCUGGAGUAUACAUCUUUUGGAAAGCCAAAUCCAUUUGUAUUCAAGAAUGCUGAAACUGUCCUAAAGCAACUUGUUCCAUCUCUUCAUCAUAGCACUAAUCCUGUGGAUCAUGUGAAUGCUGAGCGAACUCAUCAUUUCAAUACAUUAUAUAUGAUAGGAGAUAAUCCUUCGGUUGACAUUAGAGGUGCACGGCAGGCUGGAAAGCCCUGGUUUUCUAUCUUGACAAGGACGGGAGUUUUCAGGGGAACAGAAAACGAUUCCAAGUUUCCAGCAGAUCUGGUUGUUAACACUGUGGAAGAUGCUGUGGACUAUAUUUUGAGAAGGGAGUGUAACUAAGUCUUCUUUGUGUUUCGGAACUCAGUUAUUCAUUACCGAAGAGAAGAGAGAUUGGAGGGUAAACGGUGUGGUAAUGAGAUCUUAUAAGUGCAACACUGAAACAUUCUUUGGCAUUAUGGUUGAAAUUUUUUUCUGAAACAACACUAUUUUAGGUGCUAUUAAGAAAAUUAGUUUUGGAGUGAUGUUUAGUUGUUUUGUAGCUUUUAUAAUAGUAAUGUAGUAGUAUAUGUGGAAUUCAGCUUUGAAACAAACUUAAUUGCCUUUUACCCA